UGUAGUACAGUGGUGCAGUCUUGGAGUCUUGGCGCAGUUUGCACUUGCAUUUGAAACCAGCAAGUUUCAAAUAAGCGUCUUGACAUUUGGUUAGAUGAAAAUAAGCAUGUCAGCACACCACUGUUGGGCUGUAAACUGUAAGAAUUCAGUGGAUAAAAAUCCAAGUUUGCAGUUCUUUAACUUCCCAACGGAUCGAACGCUGUCAAGGCAGUGGUGCAUAAACUGCGGUCGCGGUCACCUGUCUGGAUGCGAUCGUCGAGCACUGCUUCGGCGUGGAGCUGUCCUAUGCGAAAAACACUUUAAGCGAUCCCAGUUCAUGACGCCUAGACAAAGAAAUGAAGUGAACACGCCGAAGCAGCUUCUUUGGAAUGCCAUUCCAACACUGUUUCCGCUGCCGCUGAGGUCUGAGGAGAACGUAUCGGAGGCCGCUGAGUCGUGUGCCGCGCUUCGGAAACUGAUCAACCCACCCUCCCAGGAAACUGAAAGUCCAGUAAAUCCAGGAGCAAGAGUAAACGUGGAGGACUAUGAAAUGGCUGCUCUGCCUACAUUUGGGAGAGAAAGGCUGCUGGGCAUUGCCAAGAAGCAGUGGCAUGAGAUUAAGCGCCUCCGAGUGAACGUGCGCAAUUUAGAACGAGGUCUGGCCUCAAACCUUGUCCUGGAUGAGACCUAUCUGCUCGACUUGCUUCAGCGCAACCUUGAUGGCUCCCUACUCGAUCGUGUGGUUGACAUAAUUGUUGGAGAUGUUGACGAUGACCAUUGUGCUAUGGCUGUAGACACAUGAGAUGUACAGUUUCUGAUGGUUUAUUCUUAAAGGGGCCCUGAACCACUUUUUAUUGAAGUGGAGAAAUACAUUUGAAGGUAAAAUAGGCUAUUUCAGAAAUACCUUGCCUCAAAAAGUACUUCAAUGCAUUCAGCAGAAGUGCAGUUAGUGGCAAUCAAACACCCCCUUCGCGGUGUUUCCGCUCCUUCUUCAAUGCCUUGCUCUGCGAAGGCUGCGGCGGAAUGGGGCGUGCCCACAACGCUCCGCCUACUGAACAUCAUGGUGCGCAGUUUAAAUUUGAUUUUGGAUGUUCACGUAGACGCCACUACUUCCAAUUUUGGCGCAUCAUCAUCAGCUUAUAUAUUUAUGUCCACUGCAGGACGAAGGCCUCCCCCUGCGAUCUCCAAUUACCCCUGUCUUGCGUUAGCUGAUUCCAACUUGUGCCUGCCAAUUUCUUAACUUCAUCACCCCACCUAGUUUUCUGCCGUCCUCGAAUGCGCUUCCCUUCUCUUGGUAUCCAUUCUGUAACCCUAAUGGUCCACCGGUUAUCCAUCCUACGCAUUACAUGGCCUGCCCAGCUCCAUUUCUUCCGCUUAAUGGAACUAGAAUAUCGGCUAUCCCCGUUUGUUCUCUGAUCCACACCGCUCUCUUCCUGUCUCUUAACGUUAGUCCUAAGAUUUUUCGUUCCAUCGCUCUUUGUGCGGUCCUUAACUUGUCCUUGAGCUUCUUUGUUAAUCUCCAAGUUUCUGCCCCAUAUGUUAGCACCGGUAGAAUGCAGUGAUUGCACACUUUUCUUUUCAACGACAGUGGUUAGCUCCCAGUCAAGAUUUGGCAAUGCCUGCCGUAUGCACUCCAACCAAAUUUUAUUCCUCUGUAAAUUUCCUUCUUAUGAUCAGGGUCCCCUGUGAGUAAUUGACCUAGAUAUACAUACUCCAUUACAGACUCUAGAGGCUGAUUGGCAAUACUGGCACAUACGACGCGCCAAACGUAAGCCAACGGUUGUCCUCAGUGAGCCGCAGUGCACUCAGCUAGCGGAAUCGUCGCGGCACCCCGCGGCGGCAGCGGUAUCUGCGCGACAUAGCAGACCGCAGCUACAUGCAACUGUAGUGCGUAUACGGAGUGUUUACUUUGUGCACGACAGGGCUUGAGUGUCCACUGGCACUCAUAUGCUCCAGUCUGGCCGUGCUACGUGGUGCAGACUGGCUUUUCCUGCACCAGCUUGACCGACAAAUAAUAGCCACGUACAACUUGCACAUUUUGAAGCGCUAUGAAUUGCUCAGUAUGAAGCGAAGUUUGCCAAGGCAUCUAGCUGCCAUUAGUUAGCGCAUGCUGGCAAGCGUGCAUCUGGUUUGACCUUAAGUUUCGCGUGGUUCAAGGCUAGUUGAGUAUUCAAAACUAGUCGAAAUUAGGGAGACUCGGCGGUUAUGACACCGAUAAACAGGCGAUAAGCAGGAUGGGCAAAGUUUAAUUCCUACGUCGGUGGCUGUGGCCGAGCGUGAGCAGACGAUAGUCGGCUUCUUCCGGAAGUAUGUAAUUAUCGAAAUUUGAAAGCAGAUUUUCGCUGACUUCAGCCUGUUAAUAAACUUCGUCAAUGAAUAUGCACAGUAACAGUGGGAAGAAGCGCACUGAUCCAAAUACCCUUCUUGAUUGAUGUCAGCAGCUAUUGGCCAAUGGCAGCCGCAUAUGGGAAUCUGCUAUAUUACGAAAUAAAGCGUCCAUAAAAGAGUGAGGAGCAGGCUUCUGUUGAAAAGAGAUCGUUUCAGAGAAAAGUGACUGUGUUUCGCUUGUGAGUUCCACACGCCGCGCACGACUGCAAAACUUGGGUGAGAUGUUGACAGCAGCGUAUGCUAUCUGCAGACUAUGUUUUUUCACCAAGUCCGAAGGGUGGUUCAGGACUCCUAUAAUAAACUUGUAUUUGGCAAGACUUGAAGGCAGAAUUUAUCCUUGUCAUUUUGAGAUUGUGUGCCCUGCCAUCCACAGCUGCUGUUAUAAUGCAUUCUGCUUUUCCAAUGACCAUUUGAUGUAAAAUUGCACUGUACCAGUUGUACAGUUUGAGAGAUAGCUUUCCUUCUGCCCUAAUCUAAUCAUUUGAAUUUCUGCGAUUAUCUGUGAAAUUGCAAUAAAGCUUGGUUUUAAGUGCA